AUAUAGAAGGAAUCAACAUUUUCAAUUCGCUAUGAGUCAACUAACUGCUAAUGAUAGAUGAUUAAUUCAGAAAUCUGUGAGGUAUGAGGUAACCAAUGCUAUGACACCCACAUUACCUACCAAAAGCAAAAUAUGAUGCCGACAGAAGACUGAGAAGCACAUGUCACUAUGGACUGGAUCUUUUGUAGAAGAUGAGAAAGGUUCCUCUAUAGUCCAAUUCUCAUUCAAAGAGGAAUUUGGAUUGUGAAUUGAGAUUUCGGGGGCAACAAUGACAUCUGCAACUGACAGCUGCAUUCAGUUCACUAGACACGCUAGUGAUGUUCUCUUGAACCUUAACCGACUUCGAAGUAGGGACAUCCUAACAGAUGUGAUCAUCGUUGUGAACAGGGAGCACUUUCGGGCUCAUAAGACAGUCCUCAUGGCCUGCAGUGGAUUAUUCUACACUAUCUUCACUGACCAGAUGAAAUGCAAUAUGAACAUUAUUAACUUGGAUCCAGAAAUCAGCGCGGAGGGGUUCAGAGUCCUACUGGAAUUCAUGUAUACAUCUCGGCUUAGCUUGAGAGACAGCAACAUUAUGGCAGUUAUGAGCACUGCACUUUACCUACAGAUGGAACACGUUGUGGACACCUGUCAGAGGUUCCUCAAGACCAGUGAAGAUCUUGUGAGUACCGUGAAACCAUCUAAAGGUGAGGACUUUCUACAAAGCCGAGCAAUGUUACCGCCAGAUGUUAUGGGUUACAGAAACUGUGAGAUGUCAGAAAAUACAGUACCGCUUCGUAACACAGCCAUCUGUGAUGGAAGAUCCUAUAUUCCCAACCUGUACAAUGGCUCACCAUCCUCGUACCCACUGUACAGCCACAUUCCAGUGCAUGGAUUCCUGUUUCCAGAGGAUGAAAUUAGAGAUGUGCAGAUGGCAGACAUCCAAAGAGCCAAUAGAUAUCCUAAGGAAAGUGUGCUACCAGGAGAAAAUUCAAGGACUGUGUUAGGCGAUUACAGGAAAGUUGUGACAGAUAUAUCUGUUAACAUGUGCCACAACAACAUCUAUUCACCAAAGGAAGCUGCAUUGGAAGAUCCACGUAGUGACUCUCACUAUAAUGUGCUUGCCGGCUCCCGGUCGGCUGGUCCCUCUGUUAGAAGCAGCCCAUUCUACAAUUGUGACAAAGGGAAAGAGGAGGAGCGAACAUCCUCAGAGGAUGAAAUAUCUCAGCACUUUAAACCUGCAAACUCUCCUGUCAAUCGCAAGGGUCUUGUAAGCCCGCAGAGUCCACAGAAGUCUGACUGCCAACCUAACUCUCCAACAGAGUCCAGCAGCAGUAAAAAUGCACGCAUCUCACAGGGAUCUGGUUCUCCUAUGUCCAAGCCCUCUACAGACCCCAAGGCUUGCAACUGGAAAAAGUAUAAAUUGCUUAAUUCCCUUAACCAGAGAGAAAAAGAAGGUUGCACCAACCAAAGUGAAAUGGGCAACUUGUCUCCACAGUUCUACACUUCUCAGUCAUCAUGUCAACAACCGGUCAAGUCUGAAAGCAUGGACAGUCAAGCUUCAACUAAGCUUAAUGAGAGCAUUGAUGAUUCGUCAGCACCCCAGGCUAGCAAGUUGAACAACAUUGUAAACAGGAGCAUGGAAGGGUCACCGCUGAGCAGUGAAGGACAUUCACCUCUCUAUAUCCACACACCUAAGUUCAACAUGUUUUCAUCACAAUCCCCUCCUGAAAUAUGUCCUCACACCCCUGGGUCUAACUUUGGAGAAGAGAUUGCUGAAACCCAGUCGGAGUACUCCGACUCAAGCUGUGAAAAUGGCACAUUCUUUUGCAAUGAAUGUGACUCCCGUUUCUCUGAGGAAGGUUCCUUGAAAAGGCACACUCUGCAGAUGCACAGUGACAAGCCCUAUAAGUGUGACCGCUGCCAAGCAUCAUUCCGAUACAAGGGAAACCUUGCCAGCCACAAGACCGUUCACACUGGUGAAAAACCAUAUCGCUGCAGUAUUUGCGGUGCACAGUUUAACCGACCUGCAAACCUAAAGACCCACACAAGAAUUCACUCUGGAGAAAAGCCCUACAAGUGUGAGACCUGUGGUGCCCGCUUUGUACAGGUUGCUCAUCUCCGUGCUCAUGUGCUGAUUCAUACUGGGGAGAAACCGUACCCAUGCGAGAUCUGUGGAACUAGAUUCAGGCACUUGCAGACGCUCAAGAGCCAUCUUCGUAUUCACACCGGAGAAAAACCUUAUCAUUGCGAAAAAUGCAACCUCCAUUUCCGCCACAAGAGCCAGUUGAGACUUCAUCUGCGCCAGAAACAUGGAGCAAUCACCAACACAAAAGUCCAGUAUCGUGUGUCCACCACAGAGCUCCCCAAGUCUUGCUGAGCCCUGCCCACCGAUUCUGGAGUGCCUAUAAUUUGACCUGUUAGUGCAGAUGGGUGAAAUAAAACGGGUUUAGCUAUUUUUUAUUUUUGUCCUGGUCAUGUGAAAUGUGCGCCCUUCAUUGUAAAUAGAUUAAAUACACAUAUACAUACAUAUUUUUUCUAUAUCUGUGUGGUGUAGUAACCAUGCACUCAUAUUAUUUCAGCGUUGUAAUUCUUAGCCCAAGAGAACCACAGUGUUGAGGAGAAAAUACUGAAUUAAGAGUGUGAUUGGACAUGCAAAGCGUGUUACACCCUACUGUGCAGACCCAGCAAACAAUGCAUUGGUGCUCCCAUGCGGAGCGAUAUCACGGUCAAAAUGCAAUUUAUAUAUAGUAUGAGGGGUUCAACAAGGCAUCCUUGUUAUAACAGCAAAAGUUAACAACUUGUAGCAAUCCAGCUGUUGUAGUCGAGGUCCCGGUAUGCCUUACCAGGCAGUUUGCUGGUACUUUCUUUUUAGUUAUUAACAGUUGGAAACCCACAGGUUCCUAAGCCUGCUUUAAGGCAUUAUUGGGAUUAGCCCAUAUUCCUUAUAUUUACUAAGAUACCCAACAGACCACCUUACUAGUAUAGGUUGAUUUUUCUUUGUUGGUGGCUAACGGUGUGUAAUUCAGAAGAAUGGUUAUUACCAUCAGCCAUGUUUUAGUGACUGAAAAGGAAACCAGGUACAACAUGUAAAACCACAACCUGCUGGGAAGCGGUGUUAGACACGAGUCCCCAUAAACAUUAAUGAUAACAGAUCACACCCACAUGCUUAGGCAAGACAAGACAUUCUAUGGAUGCAACACAAUGGAAGCACUUCAAUGAAGCACCUUGUCUAAAAGGAGCUUUUACACCCAUAGUACCAGUCUGCUCAUACUGGUGGUUUUAAUGGUGGUCUGUAUUUGGCACCUUACAAAAUAUUUUCCAAAUAAAAUAGAAUUACGAAGAUAAAAGCACUAAUUUUUAAUGAAUAUCCCAGGAAGAGCAUCCCUGUCUAGAGGGGAGAGGGUCCUGCCGUGUAUAUACUGCACGGGACUGAAUGCACUUUCUUCACAGUUAUUGUGCCAGGUGCUAGAUGUUUUAUGUAGUCUGAGGUAAGGGAAACUUGAGUCGAUGUAAAUCUCUUGGCUGCUAAAGGGCCUAGCAAUGCACCACGCUGUGGUCUAAUAUGAGACUGUCAUGGCAGAAUCAACUGACUCUCUUUAAAUGGGAAAUUAUAAACUGCUGCAUUCUGUCCAGGCAGAGAUUAGCACUUGUCCCGCCUUAGUCCCUUCUUACUACAGCAAUAAGGCUUUCUGGUGUCAUGCAGUCAGUGAUAGCCUUGCCUUGUACAGUACAUUAGGCUGAUGUGACCCCAGAAGGUGCCUUAUUGCUAUGGCUGCAAUAUUAUACCAGCACUAGGAGGCACCAAAAUCCAAUAUUUUUCUAGUCGCAAACUUUCUUGCACCCUUGAAAAAAUAUACAAAAGUAUUUAAUUUUAUGGUAUGCAAAAUAUGCACUCUAUGUAAGGAGAAAAAUAUAGAACAAAGAAUUAUUGUGUAUGCUUUUUAAGAGAGGGCUUUAACUUUUGUUAUAGGUUUAACCAAAGGAAAAGGAAUUUAUGGCAGAGUAUAUAUAUAUAUAUAUAUAUAUAUAUAUAUAUAUAUAUAUAAUAUCACGUAUAUAUUAUAAAUAAUUAUAUACCUAUAUUAUACAGAUUAAAAACAAAAAUGAUUUACAAAAAAACUAAGCGCUAUAAAAAUUCUGAAAUACAGCAAAAGUUUAGAUUGUAUCUGCGGGCAGAAUCCAAUCUGAGAUUUAUUGUGAUAGAGCACUUAUAAUAACAUAUUUUAAAGUAUUGCACCAGUGUACGUGAAAAGAUAUUUUGUCUAAACGCAACAGUCUAUUUGUAUUUUUAUGUUUUAUUUUGUUUUCUGGAAGUGAAAGUUUACAGUAUGUAAAACUCAGACACCCUGUCGAAGGAUUAUGUAACAUUUUUUUUUGUUCCAAAUGUAUGUUUGUAAAUAUGUAUAUUUUGUCUUUGGUGCCUUUUAACCUUAUUGGUGCCAGGGGGUCCAGCAACAUGUUGUCAGUCCCACUGGCAGUGAAGGGGUUAAUGAAUGUUUGAUCCCAAUUCCUUUUAAAAGGUACAGCCUAAAGCUAGUCACUAAUCUUUAGGAAAGGUCAAUCAUUUUUAUUUCUUUUCAUUUGUUCUCCUUAUGUUGAUUUCAUGAUGCUUUGUCCUGCUUGUGUUAAUAAUAAACUGCCGGGAGACAGGGUUUGGGCUGUUUAUAAAACUGAAUUAUUGCAUUGUAAACAAUAGCUGUACAAGUAGAAAAAAUAAAAUCCUUAACAGCAAGAAAA